ACCACGACCACCUGGGGGGUCGAUUCUGACUCCAGUCACCAAAUCGCUGCAAAGGGUGCGCGGGGUUGGCGCUGGUGGCAUUGGAUAGGAGUUGGCACAAGUCUCCAAUUUCCCCUCCUCUCUGGGUGUCCAAUUUCAGGAACAAACACGACUCUUAUGUCCGGAACUCUUCCUAACACAAUCAGUUGCUUCGAGUUAUCACUCGAGAUCAGCUGCACACAUGGGCGCUCUGAUUUACACCAACUCCAAUAUCGAUGCUGGGGAAAUGCGGGGAGCGUUGGUCACAGAUCUGAACGGCCUUUAUGGUUCUAUGAGCAACCUGCUGCUCCUAGCCAGUUCGCUCAUGGUUCAGAUGGGCGGCUUUUACGGGAAUCUGAACAAACAGCUGUAUAAGAUCCGAAACCAAACUAAGGACGUUUAUAUCGAGCUGCUGAAACCUUCAUUGUCCCCAAACCAGGUCUUCGCCAUAUGUCAAAUGAAGCCCAGCUCGGACCUCGCCACCGACCUGCCCUCGGUCAGCGGUUUCGUGCUGUUCUCCCAGAGCUACCCGCAAGGCAAACUCCAAGCCUAUGUCAACCUGAGGGGGUUCCCGCUGUCUGCUACAAAGUCCCUCCGUGCCAUGCAUGUCCACCAGUACGGGGUGGUGAACGGCAGCUGCCCCUACAGCGGACCGCAUUACAAUCCCCAAAAUGUCAACCAUCCCCAGCACCCCGGCGACUUCAACAAUUUCGAAGUCUUGGACGGGAAGAUCGUGAAGUAUUUGCCCAACCUCAGAGCCAACCUGUUCGGACUUGACUCCAUCCUCGGCCGUGCCGUGGUGCUUCACGAGAAGGCGGAUGACCUGGGGCUCGGCAGCAACCAGGAUAGUCUGAAGACGGGGAAUUCGGGCAGGAGGCUGGCGUGUGGGACCAUCCUGCGCAGCAACGGCGACCUUUGGAAAGAAAUGCAGCCCCACAUGUGAGGCAGCGGGUCUCCGACGCCAGGCGACCAGUUCGGCAAUUCAACCUGUUAUCCUUUCUUACUGUUCAUCCUUCCUUCACUGCGACAAAUAGUUUAGUACAUAGCGCCUGUGCACCCUUCAUGCACGCAUAAUGUUUGAAAAAGUAACGAUUAGGCAAACAAUUGCAAAGAUGGGUUUGUUACAAGAACCUAAUUCUUUCUUUGCAGUCUUCGGAAGUACCCGAAUAUUAACUCUUGCUGUUUGAAUUUCCCACGUGGUUUUAAGCCACCUGUGUUAAAUUUACUUAGAUUUAGACGGCUAACAGCAACAAGUGAAACGCCUGAUAUCUUGCGUUUAUUGCAUCAGGCGUUACUGGAUAGUCUUGUGUCUCAUUGAUAUUUUCUGUUAGACUAUUCUCGGAUAUAAAAAAAAUCCUAAUCCAGAAAUAAUCCCGCAAUAGAUAACAGCCGAUGAGCCGAAAUCCAUUGUAAUUAGAUGACUGGUUGAAAAUGUACAGCGUUCUCACUGACGCGAGUGUCCAUAUUCAAGAUAGGGUCUCACGAUAUUCAGCCGAAUAUAGACACAAAAUGAUGGAGUAACUCAGCGGGUCAGACAGCAUCUCUGGAGAAUAGGAAUAGGUGACGUUUCGGGUCGAGACGCUUCUUCAGACUGAGAAUCAGGGGAAAGGGAAACGAGAGAUAUAGACGGUGAUGUAGAGAGAUAUAGAACAAAUGAAUGAAAUAUAUGCCAGAAUGUGACGGUGAUAUAUGAAACAUAUCGUCGUUAGCUGUGUAUUAGCUAAGAACGAGUACAGACAAUGAGACUCGACAAUGUCCCGUUUCCUUUGUCAUGGUUACUUUUUUGUAUAUAUGUUAUUCAUUUGUUCUCUAUCUCUCUAUAUCACUGUCUAUAUAUCUCGUUUCCCUUUCCCGUGACUCUAGUCUAAAGAAGGGUCUCGACCCGAAACGCACCUAUUCAUUUCUCCAGAGAUGGUGUGUGUGACCCGCUGACUCCACCUUUUUGUGUCUAUCUUCGGUUUAACCCAGCAUCCGCAGUUCCUCCCUACACAUUCAGCUGAAUAGUUACAUUUUUUGUCAGGAGGCGUCAUUGUCUCACAUGAAUCUGAAAGUUUAUUUCUAAAACACAGCUGCAAGAGUCAUUAACAAACUUAUACCAGAUGUAGGCUUCACAAUUCUUUCUUAAACCACGAUGAUUGUUCUAGUAAUCUAGCCUUAACCAUGAAAAUGGAAAUGUAAACAAAUAA